GUUGGCUCAAGUAUCCAACACAGGACAGGGACGACUGAGGAACCAUGAGAGGAGUCAGGCUCCUUUUAGAAUGGGCGCUACCAUGGCUCAUUCUAAGUCUUGGACUAUCUGCAGUCUCCUCUGUACAAGUUCAAAAAGUGGGAGAAAUGGCAGUGAUUAAAGAAGUGAGAGGUUCCCACAUCAACCAGUUCUGCAGCACAUGGGGGAACUUCCUUUACAAGACUUUUGAUGGGGCUUUCUUCCACCUUCCCUCCACCUGUAACUACAUCUUUACAUCCCAGUGUAAGGGCAGCUAUGAGAGUUUCAAUAUUCAGCUCCAGCGACAGGAAGUGGACGGGGAAGUCUCCAUCACCAGAAUUCUGAUGAAACUGAAUGGGAUUGUGGUGGAGUUUGCCAACACUUCGGUUAUGGUCAUGAAUAAACCUGUCUCCAUACCAUUCAGUGAGGGUGGCAUUUCAAUUGAGGAAACCAUGUCCUAUAUUAAAGUUGAGGCUAAGUUGGGACUGACAUUCAUGUGGAAUCAAAUGGACUCUGUCUGGGUGGAGCUGGAUGCCAAAUUCAAGAAUCAAACUUGCGGCCUGUGUGGAGACUUCAAUGAAAUCAAGCUUUCUGAUGAGUUUGUCCAGUCAGAGGCUUCCAUAAGUCCUGAAGAAUAUGCGAUGAACUGGAAAGUUGAUAGUCCCACUGAAACUUGCAAAGUGGUUUCUUCCCAGGCUAACAACAAUUGUUCAGAUGGGAACAAACGCUGCGAGAAGUUGCUGUCAGGACCUGAAUUUAAAAGCUGUCGCAAACUAAUUGACUCUGAGUCCUUCAUGAAAGCCUGUGUGGAAGACUUCUGUUACUGCAACAGCAACAGCAGUUCAUGCUUAUGUUCGACUGUGUCUGAGUACGCCCGACAGUGCGCCCAUGCAGGUGGACACCCAAAGCAGUGGAAGACAAAACAAUUGUGUGAAAAAACAUGCCCUUUCAACAUGGAGUAUAAGGAGUGUGGUAGUCCCUGCAUUGAUACCUGCAAAUACCGGCAGAAAAGUCAGCUGUGUGAUGAGCACUGCAUCGACGGAUGCUUCUGUCCUUCUGGUACAAUCCUUGAUGAUAUCUCAGAAAGUGGAUGUGUUCCUGUUGAGCAGUGCCCAUGUUUCCACGAAGGCGAGACGUAUAAUACUGGGGAAUCAAUCAUAAUGCCCUGUAAAAACUGCACCUGUUCAAAGGGUGAGUGGAGCUGUAUAGAUGCAAACUGUCCUGCUGUCUGUUCCAUCAGAGGAGGCUCUCACUUCUCCACCUAUGAUUAUAAGACAUACAAUUUCCAUGGAAAAUGUUCCUAUAUUUUGUCCAAGAUUGAAGACAAUGCUUUUACUGUGCUUGGUGAUUUCGACAAAUGUGAAAGGUCUGAAAAAUCAACUUGUCUGUCUGCCGUCACUCUGCUGUAUCAAAAUCACACGAUAAUUGAAGUUAAAGACAAAAAUGAAGUCUCAUAUAACCAACGGGUCUUUGAACUUCCUUUUUUCCUGGAUGACAUUAAAAUCUUCCGUCCUUCUACAUUCUUUACCAUAAUCCACACAAACUUUGGGCUUGAUCUCGAGAUUCAGGUCGUACCAAUUAUGCAGCUCUACAUCAGAGCCGAUGUCUCAUUGAAGAGUAAAGUUAUGGGUCUUUGUGGAGAUUUCAAUGAUAACUCAGCAGAUGACUUCAAAACUACAAGUGGACUUCCUGAAAGAACACCAGAGGCAUUUGCCAACACAUGGCGAACCAAAUUAAAUUGUCCAGAUGUGAAAAAUGACCUUGCAGACCCCUGCACUUUAAGCAUUGACAAGAACACAUAUGCAAAAACCUGGUGCUCCCUCCUGACAGACACAACAGGGAUUUUUUCACAUUGCCAUUCUAAAAUAGACCCAGAAGAGUACUAUGCUACUUGCCUUUAUGACACUUGUGCCUGUGAAAACAGCGAGGAGUGCAUGUGUGCCACCUUGUCCUCAUAUGUCCAUGCAUGUGCUGCUGAAGGUGUAUCCCUGAAAGGCUGGAGAACAGAUGUUUGCAACAAAUACACAACAUGCCCUUCGACAUUUGUGUACAAUUACAAAAUGACACACUGCGGUCGAACUUGCCGCUCUCUGAGUCAGUCGGACGUGACUUGCAAGGUUAAGGUUACCCCCGUUGACGGCUGUGGUUGUGCUAAAGGAUCUUUUCUAAAUGAGAAAGGAGUUUGUGUGUCAGCUUCAGAGUGCUCCUGUUAUGCAGGAAACAAAGUGAUACAACCUAGGGAGAAGGCCGAUGUCCAAGGACAAACAUGCACCUGCCACGCUGGAAAAUUAAGUUGUAAAGGAGAGCCAGUAGCUGAGACAUGCACCAGUCCCAUGGUUUUCUUCGAUUGCUCCAACUCCAGAGCACACUUAAAGGAAAAGGGGUCAGAGUGCCAGAGGAGCUGCGUCACAAUGGACUCUGAAUGUGUGAGUUCACAGUGUGUCUCAGGGUGUGUGUGUCCUGAUGGCCUGCUAUCAAAUGGGAAAGGAGGGUGUGUAAAGGAGGAAGACUGUCCUUGUCCCCAUGAUGGAAAAUACUAUAACCCAGAAGAAAAAAUCAAAGUGGACUGUAAUACAUGCACAUGCAAAAACAGGAAAUGGGAAUGCACAGAAAAUGACUGUGGUGCGACCUGCACCAUAUAUGGAGAGGGGCAUUAUACUACUUUUGAUAAAAAGAAAUUUGUCUUUAAGGGGGAUUGUGGCUACAUCUUCUCUCAGGAUUAUUGUGGAGACGAUGUGAAUGGUACCUUUAGGGUCCGGACCGAAAACAUCCCAUGUAUUGAAAGUGGAAGCAUUUGCUCCACCAGUAUUAAACUCUACUUGGGGAGGAAAGAAAUUGUUCUGUCAGACGAAAGUGUCAAAGUUAUCAGUCAAAGCAACGGGAUUGACAUACCUUUUAAAGUCCACACUAUGGGUAUAUAUGUCGUCAUUGAGGCAAAUAAUGGCCUUCUUCUAAUCUGGAAUAAGAAAACAACAAUCAUGAUCAAACUCAGCUCCACAUUCAAGGGCAAAGUUUGUGGCCUGUGUGGAAAUUAUGAUGGGGCUAUCAAGAAUGAUUUCACUACCAGAAGCAACGCAGUUGUAGUUAAUCCAACAGAGUUUGGAAACAGUUGGAAACUGUCAUCCUCCUGCUCAGAUGUAAACACCACACUGAACCCGUGUGCUCUGUACUCUAACAGACGUGCAUGGGCAGAGAAACACUGCAGCAUUAUCAAAAGUGAAGUGUUUUCUGCCUGCCAUGGCAAGGUGGAGCCAGAACAGUACUAUGAGGCUUGUGUGGCAGAUACGUGCGCCUGCAACACGGGAGGAGAUUGUGAGUGUUUCUGCUCAGCUGUAGGAGCAUAUGCAGAAGCAUGUAAUGAGGCUGGAGCCUGCGUGAAGUGGAGAACCCCCACCAUAUGCCCUCUGUUCUGUGACUAUUACAACCCUGAUGGAGAGUGUGAGUGGCACUACGCUCCAUGUGGAAAACCAUGCAUGAAGACAUGUAGGAAUCCUUCAGGGAAAUGUUACAAUAAACUUCCACCACUGGAAGGGUGUUAUCCAUCAUGCCCGUGGGAGCAGCCUUAUUUUGAUGAAGUUAGCAUGAAGUGUGUGUCUGAGAAAGAGUGCGGCUGCUAUGAUGAAGACGGAAACCAUUAUAAAGAUGGAGAGUCAAUACCUGCAAGUGAAAAUUGUCACAAGUGUUCUUGCUCUUCAACACAGCCGAGAUGUAUUUAUGAUGUGAAUGCUUGUACCUGUGUCUACAUGAAUAACACCUACAAAUAUGACACUACAGUCUAUGAAACACAUGAUGGAGAUGGAACCUGCAUCUCUGGUGUUUGUGGACCAAAUGGAACCAUUAUAGGAAAAAUGGUACCAUGUAUACAUACACCAACAACACCUUUUACAUUUACUACGACUGCAAGUACUACAGAGCAGCCUGUAACUACAACUAAACCUGUUCCUACAGUCACAACUCAGGCAGUAACAUCAAUUCUGACUUUUUCAACUACAAGAGUUUCCACAAGUUCUAAAACUACAACGGUGUCUUUGUCAUCGUUAAAUCCAUCUUCAACAACCUCUACAGUCACUGAAAGCCCCACAACUGAAAUAGUAUCAACCACAAUACCUUACAUAAAAACAACUAGCACUGAAAAACCCACAACUACAAACAUAAUUACACAAAAAUCUACUACACCUUAUACAGAAACCACAAUCAAAUUUACAAAAGUCUCCACAACACCUUACACAGAGACUCCUACUACAACAAUAGAGACUGAAAAAUCCACAGUCACAACAGCUCAAAUUGAAAGUACUACUACCAAUCCCGAAACAUCUACUACAGCACCCAGUGACUGCUAUAUUUGCAAAUGGUCAAAUUGGAUUAACAAUGACUAUCCUGGACACAAUAGAGAUGGAGAUUAUGAAACAUUACAAAAGAUUUCUGAUCCAGAUUUGAGUGUUUGUAGAAAACCACUAGAAAUUCAGUGUCAAGCCAAUUUUUUUAAAGAUGUGCCUUUAGAAGAUUUAAAUCAAAAUGUAACCUGCAGCCCUACAGAUGGACUAAUCUGUCAUAAUAAGGAUCAAACACCUCCAAAAUGUUAUGAUUAUGAAAUUCGGGUAAAAUGUUGCACUUACAUAUGUGGGACUAGCACAACAACAAUUCAUACAGGAAAAACUACCCCAACAAUAGAGACUGAAAAAUCCACACCAAUAAUUACAUCAAAACCUACAACACCUCAUACAGAAACUACAACUACUGGCACUCAAACAUCUGAAACUACAAACAUAAUUACAGAAACAGUCUCCACAACAACAAUUCCUGCAAAAACAACUACCCCAACAAUAGAGACUGAAAAAUCCACAGUCACAACAACUCAAAUUGAAAGUACUACUACCAAUCCCGGAAUAUCUACUACAGCACCCAGUGACUGCUAUAUUUGCAAAUGGUCAAAUUGGAUUAACAAUGACUAUCCUGGACACGAUAGAGAUGGAGAUUAUGAAACAUUACAAAAGAUUUCUGAUCCAGAUUUGAGUGUUUGUAGAAAACCACUAGAAAUUCAGUGUCGAGCCAAUUUUUUUAAAGAUGUGCCUUUAGAAGAUUUAAAUCAAAAUGUAACCUGCAGCCCUACAGAUGGACUAAUCUGUCAUAAUAAGGAUCAAACACCUCCAAAAUGUUAUGAUUAUGAAAUUCGGGUAAAAUGUUGCACUUACAUAUGUGGGACUAGCACAACAACAAUUCAUACAGGAAAAACUACCCCAACAAUAGAGACUGAAAAAUCCACACCAAUAAUUACAUCAAAACCUACAACACCUCAUACAGAAACUACAACUACUGGCACUCAAACAUCUGAAACUACAAACAUAAUUACAGAAACAGUCUCCACAACAACAAUUCCUGCAAAAACAACUACCCCAACAAUAGAGACUGAAAAAUCCACAGUCACAACAGCUCAAAUUGAAAGUACUACUACCAAUCCCGGAAUAUCUACUACAGCACCCAGUGACUGCUAUAUUUGCAAAUGGUCAAAUUGGAUUAACAAUGACUAUCCUGGACACGAUAGAGAUGGAGAUUAUGAAACAUUACAAAAGAUUUCUGAUCCAGAUUUGAGUGUUUGUAGAAAACCACUAGAAAUUCAGUGUCGAGCCAAUUUUUUUAAAGAUGUGCCUUUAGAAGAUUUAAAUCAAAAUGUAACCUGCAGCCCUACGGAUGGACUAAUCUGUCGUAAUAAGGAUCAGACACCUCCAAAAUGUUAUGAUUAUGAAAUUCGGGUAAAAUGUUGCACUUACAUAUGUGGGACUAGCACAACAACAAUUCAUACAGGAAAAACUACCCCAACAAUAGAAACUGAAAAAUCCACAGUCACAACAGCUCAAAUUGAAAGUACUACUACCAAUCCCGAAAUAUCUACUACAGCACCCAGUGACUGCUAUAUUUGCAAAUGGUCAAAUUGGAUUAACAAUGACUAUCCUGGACACAAUAGAGAUGGAGAUUAUGAAACAUUAGAAAAGAUUUCUGAUCAAGAUUUGAGUGUUUGUAGAAAACCACUAGAAAUUCAGUGUCGAGCCAAUUUUUUUAAAGAUGUGCCUUUAGAAGAUUUAAAUCAAAAUGUAACCUGCAGCCCUACAGAUGGACUAAUCUGUCAUAAUAAGGAUCAAACACCUCCAAAAUGUUAUGAUUAUGAAAUUCGGGUAAAAUGUUGCACUUACAUAUGUGGGACUAGCACAACAACAAUUCAUACAGGAAAAACUACCCCAACAAUAGAGACUGAAAAGUCCACACCAAUAAUUACUUCAAAACCUACAACACCUCAUACAGAAACUACAACUACUGGCACUCAAACAUCUGAAACUACAAACAUAAUUACAGAAACAGUCUCCACAACAACAAUUCCUGCAAAAACAACUACCCCAACAAUAGAGACUGAAAAAUCCACAGUCACAACAGCUCAAAUUGAAAGUACUACUACCAAUCCCGGAAUAUCUACUACAGCACCCAGUGACUGCUAUAUUUGCAAAUGGUCAAAUUGGAUUAACAAUGACUAUCCUGGACACGAUAGAGAUGGAGAUUAUGAAACAUUACAAAAGAUUUCUGAUCCAGAUUUGAGUGUUUGUAGAAAACCACUAGAAAUUCAGUGUCGAGCCAAUUUUUUUAAAGAUGUGCCUUUAGAAGAUUUAAAUCAAAAUGUAACCUGCAGCCCUACGGAUGGACUAAUCUGUCGUAAUAAGGAUCAGACACCUCCAAAAUGUUAUGAUUAUGAAAUUCGGGUAAAAUGUUGCACUUACAUAUGUGGGACUAGCACAACAACAAUUCAUACAGGAAAAACUACCCCAACAAUAGAGACUGAAAAGUCCACACCAAUAAUUACUUCAAAACCUACAACACCUCAUACAGAAACUACAACUACUGGCACUCAAACAUCUGAAACUACAAACAUAAUUACAGAAACAGUCUCCACAACAACAAUUCCUGCAAAAACAACUACCCCAACAAUAGAGACUGAAAAAUCCACAGUCACAACAGCUCAAAUUGAAAGUACUACUACCAAUCCCGGAAUAUCUACUACAGCACCCAGUGACUGCUAUAUUUGCAAAUGGUCAAAUUGGAUUAACAAUGACUAUCCUGGACACAAUAGAGAUGGAGAUUAUGAAACAUUACAAAAGAUUUCUGAUCCAGAUUUGAGUGUUUGUAGAAAACCACUAGAAAUUCAGUGUCGAGCCAAUUUUUUUAAAGAUGUGCCUUUAGAAGAUUUAAAUCAAAAUGUAACCUGCAGCCCUACUGAUGGACUAAUCUGUCAUAAUAAGGAUCAAACACCUCCAAAAUGUUAUGAUUAUGAAAUUCGGGUAAAAUGUUGCACUUACAUAUGUGGGACUAGCACAACAACAAUUCAUACAGAAAAAACUACCCCAACAAUAGAGACUGAAAAAUCCACAGUCACAACAGCUCAAAUUGAAAGUACUACUACCAAUCCCGAAACAUCUACUACAGCACCCAGUGACUGCUAUAUUUGCAAAUGGUCAAAUUGGAUUAACAAUGACUAUCCUGGACACAAUAGAGAUGGAGAUUAUGAAACAUUAGAAAAGAUUUCUGAUCAAGAUUUGAGUGUUUGUAGAAAACCACUAGAAAUUCAGUGUCGAGCCAAUUUUUUUAAAGAUGUGCCUUUAGAAGAUUUAAAUCAAAAUGUAACCUGCAGCCCUACAGAUGGACUAAUCUGUCAUAAUAAGGAUCAAACACCUCCAAAAUGUUAUGAUUAUGAAAUUCGGGUAAAAUGUUGCACUUACAUAUGUGGGACUAGCACAACAACAAUUCAUACAGGAAAAACUACCCCAACAAUAGAGACUGAAAAAUCCACACCAAUAAUUACAUCAAAACCUACAACACCUCAUACAGAAACUACAACUACUGGCACUCAAACAUCUGAAACUACAAACAUAAUUACAGAAACAGUCUCCACAACAACAAUUCCUGCAAAAACAACUACCCCAACAAUAGAGACUGAAAAAUCCACAGUCACAACAGCUCAAAUUGAAAGUACUACUACCAAUCCCGGAAUAUCUACUACAGCACCCAGUGACUGCUAUAUUUGCAAAUGGUCAAAUUGGAUUAACAAUGACUAUCCUGGACACAAUAGAGAUGGAGAUUAUGAAACAUUACAAAAGAUUUCUGAUCCAGAUUUGAGUGUUUGUAGAAAACCACUAGAAAUUCAGUGUCGAGCCAAUUUUUUUAAAGAUGUGCCUUUAGAAGAUUUAAAUCAAAAUGUAACCUGCAGCCCUACUGAUGGACUAAUCUGUCAUAAUAAGGAUCAAACACCUCCAAAAUGUUAUGAUUAUGAAAUUCGGGUAAAAUGUUGCACUUACAUAUGUGGGACUAGCACAACAACAAUUCAUACAGGAAAAACUACCCCAACAAUAGAGACUGAAAAAUCCACACCAAUAAUUACUUCAAAACCUACAACACCUCAUACAGAAACUACAACUACUGGCACUCAAACAUCUGAAACUACAAACAUAAUUACAGGAACAGUCUCCACAACAACAAUUCCUGCAGAAACAACUACCCUAACAAUAGAGACUGAAAAAUCCACACCAAUAAUUACAUCAAAACCUACAACACCUCAUACAGAAACUACAACUACUGGCACUCAAACAUCUGAAACUACAAACAUAAUUACAGGAACAGUCUCCACAACAACAAUUCCUGCAGAAACAACUACCCCAACAAUACAGACUGAAAAAUCCACACCAAUAAUUACAUCAAAACCUACAACACCUCAUACAGAAACUACAACUACUGGCACUCAAACAUCUGAAACUACAAACAUAAUUACCGGAACAGUCUCCACAACAACAAUUCCUGCAGAAACAACUACCCCAACAAUAGAGACUGAAAAAUCCACACCAAUAAUUACAUCAAAACCUACAACACCUCAUACAGAAACUACAACUACUGGCACUCAAACAUCUGAAACUACAAACAUAAUUACAGGAACAGUCUCCACAACAACAAUUCCUGCAGAAACAACUACCCCAACAAUACAGACUGAAAAAUCCACACCAAUAAUUACAUCAAAACCUACAACACCUCAUACAGAAACUACAACGACUGGCACUCAAACAUCUGAAACUACAAACAUAAUUACAGGAACAGUCUCCACAACAACAAUUCCUGCAGAAACAACUACCCCAACAAUACAGACUGAAAAAUCCACACCAAUAAUUACAUCAAAACCUACAACACCUCAUACAGAAACUACAACUACUGGCACUCAAACAUCUGAAACUACAAACAUAAUUACAGGAACAGUCUCCACAACAACAAUUCCUGCAGAAACAACUACCCCAACAAUAGAGACUGAAAAAUCCACACCAAUAAUUACAUCAAAACCUACAACACCUCAUACAGAAACUACAACUACUGGCACUCAAACAUCUGAAACUACAAACAUAAUUACAGGAACAGUCUCCACAACAACAAUUCCUGCAGAAACAACUACCCCAACAAUACAGACUGAAAAAUCCACACCAAUAAUUACAUCAAAACCUACAACACCUCAUACAGAAACUACAACUACUGGCACUCAAACAUCUGAAACUACAAACAUAAUUACAGGAACAGUCUCCACAACAACAAUUCCUGCAGAAACAACUACCCCAACAAUACAGACUGAAAAAUCCACACCAAUAAUUACAUCGAAACCUACAACACCUCAUACAGAAACUACAACUACUGGCACUCAAACAUCUGAAACUACAAACAUAAUUACAGGAACAGUCUCCACAACACAUUACAAAGAGACCUCAACAUUAGAGACUGAGAGAACCACAACUCCAAUUGUCAUUGAAACAUCUACAACACGUUACGUAGAAACUCCAACCUCAGGAAUUGUAGAAAAAUCUAGCACCAUCAUUACUGGAGAAACCACAAAACCAGAAAGCACUGGCAGAACAACAUUGUGCUCUUGCAAUUACAUGAAUCAGGCUUUCUCACCUGGUAGCUUCAUGUACAACAAGACUGAUGGAGUCUAUUGUUUCACUGCCUACUGCAGUUUGAACUGUAGUGUUGAAAAGCAUGCCAGACCGUGUCACCCAACAACUCCACCAAGACCUCCAGCUACCACAAAGAAAGCUGGAACUACAACACACAUUGGCACAUCAACACCUGCUAAGAUAGACUGCCCAUUUCUUACACCACCGAGAAAGGAUGGAGAAUCCUGGAGUUCAGACAAAUGCACCAAAAGCACCUGUGAGAAAGGAAAAGAGGUCACAGAACAUGUACCAUGUAAAUCAGCACCCAUACCAGUUUGUGACAACGGUUUUGAACCUAUUAAGGUUUUUGACGAAGGAGGCUGCUGUUUUCAGUACGAGUGCAAAUGUCUUUGUACAGGCUGGGGAGAUCCCCAUUACAAUACAUUUGAUGGCCAAUAUUACAGUUUCCAGCACAACUGCACAUAUGUCUUGGUCAAAGAGAUAAUUCCCAAAUACAAUUUAAAAAUUCUUAUUGACAAUGAAAAUUGUGAUCCUUCUGGAACUGUGACGUGCCCCAAAGCUUUGAUUAUAUAUUACAAAAACUAUGAAGUAACUCUUACACAGAAUAGAACCUCAAAAACUCCGAAUUUGAUAUAUGUUAAUGGAACGAAAGUGACUCCAACCUACUCAAAUAAGGACUUCAUUAUUACAAGCGCAGGAAUUCAGAUGGUUCUUAAAAUCCCAGAGAUAGAUGCCACUGUUUCAUUCACUGGGCUUCUGUUCAGUAUUGACUUGCCAUUUUCACUUUUCCACAGCAACACAGAAGGACAGUGUGGCUACUGCGACAAUAACAAGAAAAAUGACUGCAGGUUACCAAAUGGUGAAAUUCAUCCAUUAUGCUCUGAGAUGGCAUAUAACUGGCAUGUAAAGGAUAAAAAUAAACCAUACUGUGAGUCUGUGCCUACUCGACCUCCUCCAACAACAGGGCCACCGAAACCGCCAUGCAAACCUGCCCUCUGUGAAAUCAUAAACCACGAGAUGUUCAAGAACUGUCACAAAAAAAUUGCGCCCAAUUCAUAUUAUGAAGCUUGUAAAUUUGACGUUUGCCAAAUGCCAAAUUCCACUGUGGGCUGCACCAGUCUGGCGGCAUAUGCCAUGAUGUGUGCUGGGGAAUCUGAGUGUAUAGACUGGAGAAACCUGACUAAAGGAGAGUGUGGCUACAAAUGUCCAGCAAAUAAAGUAUACAAGGCCUGUGGGCCAAGUAUUGUUGAAACCUGCAAUGCAGGAUUCAAUAAUAAGCUCAAACAGCAGUGUGCAGGAGAAGAAGCUACUUGCAAUGGAUUAGUGGAGGGAUGUUUCUGCCCUGUGGGGACGAUGUUGUUUGGUUCAGGCUCUGACACCUGUGUCUCAUCCUGUUGCACUGGACCUGCUGGUGAACCUAAACAGAUUGGUGACACAUGGAAAAGUGGCUGCCAGCAAUGCAAUUGUGACAAAAGUUCUCUGAGUGUUAAGUGUGAGCCUCUAGUUUGCCCGCCACAAAAACCAAUAAAGUGCACAGAGGAUGGCGAGGUGUUGGUAAACCAAACAGUUAACUGCUGCCAGGAACUGACAUGUGAGUGUGAUAAAAAACGCUGUUCAUCACCAACACAAAAGUGUGAACUUGGCUUUGAGUUAAAUGUCAAAGUUUCCAAUGAAAGCUGCUGCCCGGUCUUCACAUGUGAACCAAAAGGUGUAUGCGUCUACAAUGAUACAGUGUACCAGCCAGGUGCAAACUUUUCCAAGAACCCAUGUGAACACUGCCUCUGCACAAACAAACAAGAUCCAAAGACUAAGCUGAACACCAUAGAGUGUCAGCAAAUACAGUGUAACGUCAUUUGUAAAAAGGGUUACGUGCAUGUGGAUCAGCCUGGAGAAUGCUGCGGAUCAUGUAAACAGACACACUGUAUUUUUGAUGUCCCUGGUUUGAACUCACCAGUAAUUCUUAAGCCUUCAGAAUCGUUUUCACCACCAAACGACAACUGCACCCAAUAUGAUUGCCAGAAGGUGAAAGAUGAAUUCAUGGUUUUCAGAAACCAAACUACAUGUCCUGCAUUUGACCCGGACAACUGUGUUCCAGGAACAGAAACAAGUGACAUGAAUGGAUGCUGCAGAACCUGUACACCUCGCUACAACUGUGAGCUUCACAAGAACACUACCAAACUGUACGUAAAGAACUGCGAGUCAGUUGAGCCGGUGGAGCUCACAUCCUGUGGGGGAUCCUGUGAAUCAUCCUCAUCUAUGUACUCAGUGGAGGCCAACAGUCUCAUGCAUUCUUGUACCUGCUGUCGAGAGAUUGCUACCAGCAAGAAAGAGGUGGAGAUGAAGUGUUCAGAUGGCAGCAAAAUUAAACAGGCAUACAUUUCAAUUGCAAAGUGUGGCUGCCAACCUGCUAAAUGUAAAGAGUGGGACAAACGUUGAUGGGACACACGAUUAAGGCCAACAAUGGAAAUUUUAACUCUUUAGGGGAAACAGAUUAAUACUUAUUUACAAACACUAUGGGUGCUUUCAUGCUUUGAAAUACGCAGCUCUGUAGAUCGAACUGAUCCAAAAUAUUUUUAAAAGCACGUGCUUAUAUGGAAAUUUUCUUUAGGGUGAAAUAGCUUUGAAUAUAUAUUCAUCUUUUGAUUAAUAGGAAAUUGCUGUAUCUGCUGUUUCAAACUUCUGUCUUUGACUCAAUAAAUUUCUAAUUCAUCAA